AUUUUUAAAAAAUUAACGCAAUUAAAGCAUCUGCAGCGCAGAAUGACUCAAAAUCCCUGAAACAUCUCUGGUAACGUGUUUCAGGUAGUUUGUCCAAGUAGACUUUGUGCAGGACAGCCAUCUGCCUCAACUGGUUGGGCUGAGAGAAGCCUGGAGAGAGAAAAGAUGAGCAGAGAGAUAAUAAUAAAACCACCAGGUGAAUGAGACUAGUAACUGCAGAUAAAACAAGUGCAGCUCUGGAACCAGAAAUAUAUCCAGAGUAGAGGGUGAGAAAAGACAGAAAAGAAAACCAAACUAAUGUGUGAAAAGUCCAAAAAGCCUCCAGCAUUCUUUGGCUGAUUCCAAUGCAUGCAGAGAACAGGGAGGAUUCUAGAACUCUCUGCUGUUUCUGAUCUCACUGAGAAAUGAGUCUCAGGAUGUGUUUUAUCUUCACAUAUCUCAACAAGGUUGCAUCAGAUCCACUUCAAACUCAGCAGCUAUGUCGCUGACGACCACAGGAAGUGCAGUGCAGUGUUUUUGGGGUUGUUUUGGGGCCAUUAGCAUCAACAUUAGCAUAAUUCCACCCUGUUGUUGGGCAACAUCACCAUGUAUUGCAUCAUCAUUUCAUCACAUCAUACACCAAAACUCUUUUUGUUGUAUGAGCAGUGGUGUAUGAUGUCACAGUGACAUAAUUUAUGUCACAGUAGAAUCCAAAGGUAUAUAAACUGGGCUGAUGAGUGAGGACUCACUCAUUCCCAGACCUUCGCCAAGUGAUUUACUUUGGAAUUACUGAGCAACCAAACACAGAAAACCAAGGACACCUACGCAGGAUUAAUUUUCUGGACUUCAAUCUCUGAAAUUUAAUUUCUACACACACCUCUUUGUUUAUCGGUGCAAUGGCACAAAAAAAUAGGAACACCUCUCGCCGUGGAGGAAAUGGAAAACGUGGCGUCUCAGAACAAGAAAUUUGCUCAUUUGGUCAUCAGGAGCAGAUAUUGACCCUGAAGGGCCAUAAUGAAGAAAUGGAGCUGAGAAUUAAAGAGCUUAUGGAUAGUAAGAAGCAGCUCACCAGAGAGGUCUACAAGCUGAAAGACCUUCUGAAGAUCCAGGGAAAGGCCAUGGAAAAUCCGCUGGAGGCCAAUGACCAGAAAAUGGACGAGGCCUCAGCAGAGGACCAGGACCUUCCACCAAAGGUACAACAAGCUGCAAACAUCCAGGAGGUUGAAGUGGACAAAAGGGCAGAUGAGAAGAAAAGCCUGGAGGAAACGAACAAGGACGAAAAAGUUCUCUGGAAGAAAGAAAAAAUGGAAUUGGAGGCAAAAGUGGCAGAUCUCCAAAAGCAAAUCCAUGCCCUGGAGAUGAAAAAGGAAAUGGAACAGAAUGACUUUCUUGGCAUGCAGCAAGACGACGAAGCCUUCAAAGAAGAAAAAAAAGAAUUUCAGAAGGACAUUAAGAAGCUGCAGGAGGCUAAGAAGAAACUCCAGGAAAAAUAUAAAAAAUUAGAGAAAGAACUGGAGGUACAGAAGAGGAAGCUUGAGAACAAAGAAAGUAUUUUGGCUGAAAAAAAACAAAUUGAAGAGGAAAUGAUGUCUCUGAUUUCUGAGAAUCAAAAACUCAAAUCCAGUACAAAAGCUCUGCAAAAGCAGGCCAAAGAACUGGGGGAUGAGAAUGAGAGGCUGAUGAUCGUCUUCAACGACAAAAAGCAAGAGCUUGUAGAUACAAAGGUGAAAGAGGCCUUUCUGAAGCUCAAGCAAAAACUGAAGGAUGACAAAAAGGCUUUCCAGGAAGAGAGUCACAAGCUUCGACUGGAGAAGCUUGAGCUGGAGGCAAAAAAUGCAGAUCUCCUGAAGCAAACCGAACAUCUGAAGGCCAAACGUAAAGAACAGAUGGAGAAGAAGGAUCUGCAGAACAAAACCACGAAGCCAGAAGAUCUGGAGGCCAAAAUACAAAACCUCCAGAACGAAAAACAGCACCUGGAGGCCGAAAACAAAGACCUUCUCAGAGAAAAAGCAAAUCUGGAAACCAAAAAUAGAGACCUCGAGAUCAAAAAUGAACACCUGGAGGCUGAAAACAAAGACCUUCACCUGGAAAAAAUAAAUCUGGAAACCAAAACACAAGACCUCCAGAACGAAAAACAGCACCUGGAGGCCGAAAACAAAGACCUUCUCAGAGAAAAAGCAAAUCUGGAAACCAAAACUAGAGACCUCGAGAUCAAAAAUGAACACCUGGAGGCUGAAAACAAAGACCUUCACCUGGAAAAAAUAAAUCUGGAAACCAAAACACAAGACCUCCAGAACGAAAAACAGCACCUGGAGGCUGAAAACAAAGACCUUCUCAGAGAAAAAGCAAAUCUGGAAACCAAAACUAGAGACCUCCAGAAAGAGAACGAUCAUCUGAACCUGGAUAAGAAGGCACUUGAGGUGGAAUGUCAAGCCCUUCACAAAAAGAGCGAAGAGAUGAUGGAAGUUACUAAAAUACUGGAGAAAGAAAAUGAGGAGCUGCAGGAGCUUCUCAGCAAGAAAAAGAAGAAGAAAUUCUUCAGGUUCUUCAAACACACUGAGCCAAAAGAGAAGGAAGAGCAGAAGAUGGAAAAGCAGGAAAAAGAGAAGAAGUCAGCAGGUUGCUGGAGCUGGUUCCACUAAACCUGCUUUCUUCACCUUCCACACCUUUUCCUCUCAUCUUUCUUCACCUUCCACACCUUUUCCUCUCAUCUUUCUUCACCUUCUUCACCUUUUCCUCUCAUCUUUCUUCACCUUCUACACCUUUUCCUCUCAUCUUUCUUCACCUUCUACACCUUUUCCUUUCAUCUUUCUUCACCUUACACACCUUUUCCUCUCAUCUUUCUCCAGUCUAACUUCCAUCUUUCUUAUCUUGCCACCUCCAACCAUCACCUCUCCAUCCACCUUAUCCCCCAUUCUCCACCCCUUUCUCAGCCUUUUCUCACCCCUUUCUCACCUCUCUGUCCUCCCCUAUCCAAAGGGCAGCACGGUGACUCAGUGUUCAGCGCUGUAGCCUCACAGAAACACCUCCUCCUGUUUCUGUGUGGAGUUCUGUGUUCUCCACGUGUUAGCGUGGGUUUUCCCCGGGUUACUCCGGUUUCCUCCCACACCAUUAAAAAACACAAACCAAAUUAGGCUAAUUGGACACUCUAAAUUAUCUCAACUUUAAAAAAAAAAAAAAUAAAAUCAUCAAAAAUAAAACAAACAACUAAACAUAUUUCAGCAUUUGUCUGCCUCUAUGGGUAAAAUACAACUAACUGCACCACAUUGUGGCUGCUGGUUGUUGUACAAACUGUUGGUUCUGAUGUCAACAAAACUAACGUUGUGAAGGUUAUUAUAAAUGUGUGUUUAGUGUUUUGAUUCUUUGCAGGAAAUUGUUCCAGGCGCUACAAUCAUGACUGCACAUCUACUACUGAACAUAAAACAUUUAGACAGAGAAUCUGCUGACAGAAGUACUAAAACAUUCUAAAAACUUGUAAGAUGCAAUUUCAAAAGUAAACAGUGUAAAUAAUAUACAGUGUGUAAAAAUGUUUUAACAAAGGUAAUGUGAAAAUAUACAUAUAUACUAUAUACAACAAUUUAUAGUUACUGUGUAAAAAACAUAAUAAUUUAUGCAAUCUAAUAAUAUACAGUGUAGGAGUUGUAAAGAUAUCCAGUAUGUUAGAAUUUACUAUGUAAAAAAUAUCCUGUAAUACAAAUGGUAUAAAUAUGUACGGCAUAAAUAUGCUAUAUAAAAAAUACACAGCAUGCUAGAAUGAAAUUUAAACAAGCAUACAAAGCAUAUGAAAAACAUCCAGUAUGCAAAAGGUUAAAAACUUAGGUACUGCAAAAAUAUACAAUGUAAAAAAAUAUGAAAAACAGAACAAGGUUCACAUUAAAAAUCUGGAUCUUUAGAAAUGGCAAUUUGUUCAUUGACAGUGUUUGACUACUUCCUAAAGUAGAAAAAGUAAAAAGAAACAAACAUGUAUUGUAAAAAUUUCCAGUGCACAAAAUGUGCAAAGAAAUAUGUCAUGUAAAAAUAUGAUGAAACAAAUCUAAUGCAAAAAUAUACAGAUUAAAAAAUAUCUACUGUACAAUAAGUUUUAAAAUAUGUAUUGUAGAAAUACACACUGUAAAAAAUGUACAAAAGUGUAAAUGUAAUUUAGAAAUUGACUGUAAAAAUAUCCUGUAUACAAAUGGUUAAAAAUAUAUAUGGUAAAAAUAUGCAAUAUACAAAUAUGAAAAAUAAAACAUGUUUUGUACCAAUUUACAGUACACAAAAUGUGCAAAGAAAUAUGUCAUAAAAAUAUACAGUGUAUGUGCUUUAACAAUAUCUAGUAUGCAAAAAGUUCCAAAAAAAAUGUAUUGUACAAAUAUACUUUUUAAAAAAUUUUACAAAAAUGUAAAGAUACACAGUGUAGAAAAUAUCCAGUGUGGAAAAAGUUUUUUUUUAAUGUAUAAUAAAAGUAUAGAGUGUAAAACAUAAUGCUAGUUCUUGAAAAUGCAUCAUACAAAUAUGCAAUAAAAAAAACAAGAUUAUUUUAAACUUAAAGAAAUAUGCAAAAUAAAACUACACAAUGUACAAAAAAUAUAGUGUUAAAAAUAUCCAGCAUGCAAAAGGUUUAAAAAAAAAACAUGUUUUGUAAAGAAUGUACAAUGUGAAAAAUAUAAGAAAAAAAGUUCUUUGAAACAGCAUUUUAUUCAUUUACAGUGUUCAACUACUUCCUAUGAUGCAAAAAAACAAAGGUUUGCAAAAAUUUACAGCACAUAAAAUGUGCAAAGGAACAUGUCAUGUAAAAAUGCAAAUCAAGACAAUAUGCAAAAAGUGUAAAAAAAUUAUCCUCUAUGCAAC